CGUUGAUUAUUAAUUAAAACACCACAAAUAUUAACAGUCAACGAAGGCAUUAUUAUUAAUCCCACACCAAGUUAUUAACUUAAAUUGUUAACAACACUGGUCUGUUUUAUUAAUAAAUUGGUUUUAUCGGUUAAUACUCGUUUAUGAAGAUAUUGAUAAUAUGUUUAAAAAUAGUAAUGACCUGAUUACAUGCAAAGUUGAUUAUUAAUUAAAACACCACAAAUAUUAACAGUUAACGAAGGCAUUAUUAUUAAUCCCACACCAAGUUAUUAACUUAAAUUGUUAACAACUCUGGUCUGUUUUAUUAAUCAACGAUGCAGCCAAAGAUACGUUAGCAAAACAAAGUCCCAAAAACUUACCAAAAAUAACGUCUCUUGGCCUUGACGAUCCCAUGGAAAACGAGACUAGAAGGAGAGACGACAACCCCGACGACGUCGGGAAAGCAGAUGCGAAGGAGAUCGUCGCCGACCUUCUUUGCGACGAGAAGGUGACAGCCGAGACGUCACCGGCCUUCUUUGAGACGACGACGACAGACGAAAAACAAGAGAACGGGACGACGACGCCGGAAAGCAAGCGCCGCACAGCAAACGAGAAAACGAAGACGAAUGGGUUUAGGGUUGGGAGGAGUUUCUUUUUUCUCUCGUUCCUUUAUUAAUGAUGACAUUUAAUUACUUUUUAUAUUCCUGUCUUACCCUUUAACGUAUUAGGUAGGUAGUUAACCAAUCAUUAGUAAUCACUCUCUCUCUCCUUCUCCUAUUGGCUGAAAGGGGUUUAAGCCUGAUCCAACCCGCACACAAACCUGGAAGCCACGUGUUAGAAUGGUGUUCGAUAAACAGCGUAGCAUCUCUGGUCAAAACUACAUCGGCAGCAGAGGAUCUCCUCUCCCCAGUCGAACCAAAACUUCCCACCCAUCUUGCGUAUUCGGACCAGUUCUUCUCAACCCACGCGCUUCAAGCAAUCGCCAAUCGGCCACGUACCGUUGUUCCGAUCUCCACUGAGGAGGGAGAUCGUUCAGAAAUCCGGCCAACGCUUCGGUGAAGGACAUGGGCGAUCAAAUAGCAAAGGGAGAAGAAUUCGAGAGGAAGGCUGAGAAGAAGAUCAGCGGCUGGAGCGUAUUUGGGUCCAAGCACGAAGAUGCCGCUGAGUUGUACGCUAAAUCUGCCAACCAUUUCAAACUCGCCAAAUCAUGGGAUAGAGCGGGUUCUGUUUUUGUUAAGCUCUCUAAUUGCCAUCUCAAGUCGGACAGCGAUCAUGAAGCUGCCAGUGCUCUCGUGGAUGCUGCAAUUUGCUACAAGAAAACAUCAACCGAAGCCGCCAUAUCAUGUUUGGAGCAAGCAGUGGGCAUUUUCCUGAACAUGGGCAGGUAUAACAUGGCUGCCAAGAAUUGCAAGGAAAUUGGGGAGUUAUACGAGCAGGAGGAGAAGAUUGAGAAGGCUAUAGCGUAUCUUGAGCGAGCAGCUGAGUGUUAUGAACAUCAAGAAGCAAGCUCCUCUGCAAACCAGUGCAAGCAGAAGGUUGCACAAUUUUCUGCUCAACUUGAACAGUAUCAGAAAGCAAUUCAGGUGUACGAAGAGAUUGCGAGAUACUCCAUCAACAGCAACUUACUGAAAUAUGGCGUAAGAGGGCAUCUUCUUAAUGCUGGUCUUUGCCAGCUUUGUCGAGGGGAUGUUGUUGCCAUAACCAAUGCAUUAGAGCGAUAUGAGGAUCUAGACCCAACUUUCUCCAGAACUCGGGAGUUUAGAUUCUUAUCAGAUUUAGCCACUGCAAUGGAUGAGGAGGAUGUAGACAAGUUUACAAGCAUUGUGAAGGAGUUUGAUAGCAUGAGCAAGCUGGAUUCUUGGAAAGUGACCCUGCUGUUGAAAGUAAAGCAAACUCUGAAGGACAAGGAGCUGGAGGAGGAUGAUUUGACAUAAAUUCCUCGGUUCAACAUCAUAUUGGUUUGGCAGAUGCUGUACAUGUAAUAGCACAUCAGGGAGAGCUAGAACAAUAAUGCAUUGCCGCCUCAGGAGUUAUGUACUAUCAGCAACAAUAAAUAAGGUUCUAUCCAGUUCUUCAUAGUGUCUUCGUGUAGAAAUAUGUGGUUGCAGGUUGGUAGGUGAGGGGAUAUUCAGAGUUCACGACCACGAGCUUCCGGACUCCGGUGGUGAAUCAGAUUGAGAUUUAAAAUGAUUUUGUUCAAAAUUCAAUUGGUUGAUGGACUUGGAAUUAUCUAUACGGCAGCAUGGAUGAUAGAAUCCACCAUGGAAUACUUUUUUACUAAUGUUUGGAAGUUGUGUUACUUUACUCAAUUUUUUUCCAUAAGGAUUGUUUCUAUGAUACAAUCAUAAAUUAUCAUUCGAAAUGUGUGACUAUCAUAUCUCAAUUUUUAGAUGAGAUUGUUGAGUUGAUAAUAGGGGUGUAUAUAUCGGUUCCGUUCAAAUUAAAUUAAAUUACUUUGAUUCGGAAUUUCAGACAAUCGAAUAUGCGAGGUUAGCUUGUAUCUUCUCAUUUUCAAAUUAUUUGUCACCUCUGAUGCAAACAAUAAAUAUACAAUUCUAUGCAUCAAAUGAUAAAAUCAAAUAUUUUGACACAUAAAUCAUAAAACAUUAACAUGAUUAAAAUCUUCAAAUCUCAAGACAAGUACAAACAUCAAAAUCCACCAUUUGGAGUGCAACUAUUGUUGUUUGGUUUGGAAUUCAGAAGUUUUGUUAAGUCGAAAUGACCUGAUUUUUUAAAUAUGCCUUUUUCCUUCUAAAUUCCGAAAUGAAUAACAUUAAAUCGAUUUUGGUUUGAUUAGGAUCGGUUUUACCGAACCAGAUGCCACCACUAGUUGAGAUGAUUUUAUUUCAACUUUUAACUAAUGUGACAUACACAAUCACACAUACCAAACGACAAAUGCAUCAAAUUCUUCAAUACAUGCAUAAUAUUAUGUAUGUCUUCAUCCCAAUAGAUUUAUUUAAUAAUUGCAACUUCCAAAUGACCUAAGAAUCACCCAAAUGUUGUCGAACUGUCGUUGUCUUUGGUCGGUUACAUUCACUAUCCAUCGAAAUGCUUCCUUUUUUUUGGGAUUAAGCAUUGUAUAUGCAUUUUAGCUGACAUUUAUAAAAACAACUAUUGGAUCAAAUGAAAUGGAAUUACUAAAAGGGGUCGCCUAAAUGAGGGAUUUCGGCACAAUCCCUCAUUUUAUAAUAUUUCAGCGCAAUCCCUCAUUUUGUCGGAUUUUGGCUAAAUCCUUUGUUUGGGUGGUAGAUAAACAAUGAGGGAAUACAACGAUGUGUAAUUUCAAAAAUCAGGUAUGGCUGGAUUUCUAAAUAGUUUCCUCCCCUAGUGAUGGUAAUGUAUCCAGAAUAGAUCGAGUAGUGCAAUACCAACAAGCCCGACCCAUUUACUUUUGGGCCUCACAAUCGUCAUUUUUAUUCAAAUCGGAAUCAUAGAGUGGUUUCAACAAAAACCCCAAAAUCUGGAAAAUUACGGUUCUUAUUUCUGCUCGUGAUAUUUGGUCGAUCUCAUUGAUAAAGCGUUCAAAUUUUGUUUGAUUCCCUCCAAAGUCUGGUAGAUUAGUUUAGUUCGUUGUUGCUCCUAAUACAUGGUCGACCAUAUGUUUGCAAGGUUGACCUCCUGUGAUUGCUAUCGAAACUUUGUCAAUUCAUGCAAUGUGUGUUGCUGUUCGAAAUCAGGGUCGACCGCAACUUCAUUCUUUCCCAAAUUUUUGUGGUUGGGUUUGUUUUCCAAUUGUGAUUAUUCGGUCAACCUCUUCCUUCUCAGCGAACAUCUACGCAAAAGCAGCCUUAUUUCCUUCUCAGCGAACAUCUACGCAAAAGCAGCCUUAUUUAACAUCCUACCCCUCAUAUUUUCAUUUUCUUCUUAUAUCAUGGAGGGCAAUAAAGGUAAAUUACACUU